AUGUCGCGAGUGGACGCCGCCUUUGUGUUGCUAGAUAGUCUUUCAUCGGGAGCCGAUGAUGUUGCAGAUGCCGAGGUGAAGCUAAAGAAGCUUGUCAGGGCAAUGGACGUGGACGAAGUUUCCGCUUUCGUGGACAAGGCGUACAAGCUUGCAAUUGAUGUUCAAAUCAGCACACCGGUCAUCAGGAGAGCUCUAGAGGACCUUGCCGAGAUGAAUCUGACGACGGUCUCGUCACUCAAUCAGGCAGUCAAAAAUCUGGAGGAAAUGGUGGCGAGUCUCAUAGCAGAGAAGAAAAGCCGUGACGAGCAAGUGCUCCUGGGGCAGGUUGCCUACAUCCUGGAUGAGGUGGCAACUGAAUUCGUAUUCCGCGGUGACAAAUGGCCCCGCAGCUGCAGCAUCGGCACCCUACUCAACAAGGCUGUGAACAAUGAGCUGACACAGGGCCAGAUGCAGCGCUGGCAUCAGUUGCAGUCCUACCUGUCACGGCAGGGCUGGACGAUUUCAGACCUGGUGGGCAAGUCAGGUGAGCUGUGCUCCCUGCGGUACCCACGUGCCCACAGCUCCCAGCAGCAGCAAGAGGAGACAACACUCGAUAUGAUCAAGGCAUGGGUUGACAAGUACCACGGCGGUGACACUGACAUGCACCAGCUCGUACAGCUGGUUUCCAAGUUCACUGUGCCCAACAAGCCACUCUGCAAAAGCCCAACCUCCUGCAACAUCAUAGAAAAUAUGCUUUACGAGUCAUAA